UUCAGGCAGGUGAUGGCGCCCCUCGCGGCUUAGAGGUCCGCCCCUACCAGCGAUAUUCGAACAGUCCUCCUUGAUUUGUGUCCGAAACAGAGAGCCCUGGUUGCUGUGAGCAUGUUGCUGCCUCUAGCCAAGAUGUCCUGCCCGGCAUAUCAUCAGUGCCUUCAUGCCUUAAAAAUUAAGAAAAACUAUCUACCUCUCUGUGGUCCAAGAUGGUCUUCUACUUCUGCUGUACCUCGCAUUACUACGCAUUAUACCAUUUAUCCCAGAGAUAAGGACAAGCGAUGGGAAGGAGUGAACAUGGAGAGGUUUGCAGAGGAAGCUGAUGUAGUAAUAGUUGGUGCUGGCCCUGCAGGGCUCUCUGCAGCUAUUCAUCUGAAGCAGUUGGCUAGUAAACAAGAAAAGGAGAUCCGUGUGUGUCUAGUGGAGAAAGCUGCCCAGAUAGGAGCCCAUACUCUCUCUGGAGCAUGCCUUGAUCCAUGUGCUUUUGAAGAAUUGUUCCCAGACUGGAAGGAGAAGGGGGCUCCGCUUAAAACUUCUGUAACAGAAGACAGAUUCGGAAUUUUAACAGAAAAAUAUAGAAUUCCUGUACCAAUUCUACCAGGUCUUCCAAUGAACAAUCAUGGCAAUUACAUUGUCCGGUUGGGACAUUUAGUGAGCUGGAUGGGAGAACAAGCAGAAGCCCUUGGUGUUGAAGUGUACCCUGGCUAUGCUGCUGCAGAGGUUCUUUUUCAUGAAGAUGGGAGUGUAAAGGGGAUUGCCACCAAUGAUGUAGGGAUACAAAAAGAUGGUGCACCAAAGACAACAUUUGAAAGAGGACUAGAACUACAUGCCAAAGUCACAAUUUUUGCAGAAGGUUGCCAUGGACAUCUAGCCAAGCAACUAUAUAAGAAGUUUGAUUUGAGAGCCAACUGUAAUCCCCAGACCUAUGGAAUUGGACUAAAAGAGUUAUGGAUUAUUGACGAAAAGAAGUGGAAACCUGGGAGAGUAGAUCACACAGUCGGCUGGCCCUUGGACAGACACACUUAUGGAGGUUCUUUCCUUUAUCAUUUAAAUGAAGGUGAACCUAUGGUGGCGCUUGGUUUUGUGGUUGGUCUAGACUAUCAAAAUCCAUACCUGAGCCCAUUUAGAGAGUUCCAGAGGUGGAAGCACCAUCCAAGCAUUCAGCCUACGUUGGAAGGUGGAAAAAGAAUUGCAUACGGAGCCAGAGCUCUCAAUGAAGGUGGUUUUCAGUCUAUACCAAAACUGACAUUCCCUGGUGGGUUACUGAUUGGUUGUAGUCCUGGUUUCAUGAACGUUCCCAAAAUCAAAGGUACCCAUACAGCAAUGAAAAGUGGAAUUUUGGCAGCAGAAUCAAUUUUUAAGCAACUAACCAGUGAAAAUCUCCAGUCAAAGACAAUAGGACUCCACGUAACUGAAUAUGAAGAAAAUUUGAAGAAAUCAUGGAUAUGGAAAGAACUUUAUUCUGUUAGAAAUAUAAGACCAUCCUGCCAUGGAUUCCUGGGUUUAUAUGGAGGAAUGAUUUACACUGGAAUAUUUUACUGGGUAUUUAGAGGAAUGGAACCAUGGACUCUAAAACAUAAAGGUUUUGACUCUAAUCAGCUAAAGCCAGCCAAGGAUUGCACCCCUAUUGAGUAUCCAAAACCUGAUGGACAGAUCAGCUUUGAUCUCUUAUCAUCUGUGGCUCUGAGUGGUACUAAUCAUGAACAUGACCAGCCAGCACAUUUAACCCUCAAGGAUGACAGUGUACCUGUAAAUAGAAAUCUGUCUAUAUAUGAUGGACCCGAGCAGCGAUUCUGCCCUGCAGGAGUUUACGAGUAUGUUCCUUUGGAACAGGGUGAUGGAUUUCGGUUACAGAUAAAUGCUCAGAACUGUGUGCAUUGCAAAACAUGUGAUAUUAAAGAUCCAAGUCAGAAUAUUAACUGGGUAGUACCCGAAGGUGGUGGAGGACCUGCUUACAAUGGAAUGUAAAGUACAACU